UACGCGCUACACCAUGAUCACGACGUUAUCAGUACCGCUGAAACCGUUGCCGCGAUAACAAACACGCCGCAAGUUCGCCUCACACAUAAUAAUAAUACGAGUAGCAGUGUAGUUGUACUUACCCUACAACAGAAAAAAAUUACUUUUAACCGGCGUGAAUUUUUAUUAAUGUAAUGAAACCGUUAUUAGUAUUAGUGGACGCGAGUUUAAUUCCAGUGAGUAACUUGACUAUACCUAUGUAAUACGAUGGUGAUGUUUGGUCUUCGUUGGUCGUCGUUAUGACAGAUAUGAUUUAUUUUACUUCUCGUAAUAAUUCGCAAAUUCCCAGGAUAGUUGCUGCCAAGUUGAAGACACAGUUCAAGAAUAGAACUGGAUUUAACGAUUGUGGAACUAAAUCACGAAUAUCAGGUGAUCUCAGAAUAGUGGACCGAUCCUUCAGACAUUUGAGAUACGCUGAAGUUCGAGAUGGAUGUUUGAUAUUGUACCGAUACGUUGGAAAUAACAAAGUGUGGGACUUUCAUAUACCUUUGUACAAUUUAAAUAUUAAUUUGGACUCGCCCAAGAACUAUUGCCAGUUUAGCUUAUCCAAAUUCGGCGAAAUCACUCCUAUUGCUACUUUUCAAGUAGUAAAGGAGCAAACAUACAAAAAAUGGCUGAAAACUGUAGCCGUCGAGGUGAUCAGACAAACACCCUUAAACACGCUGAAAUUCAUGGACAUCCUAUUCAUCAACGAAUUACUCGAAAGACAUCAGCAAACAGAUAGGGUUAAACCUAGAUCAAAAUCGCAUCAUACCAUCAAUACGUCCUGCGAAUCGAGUCGUGCACCAACGAUAGCUCGUACUCUUAGCAACUCGACGAAUGGCAGCGUCGUCGGCGUCGAUGAAAAUGAUUCAUCAAAUGAUCAAACGUGCAGCACCAACGCCAGCACCAAUCCUUUAAACAAUUCUAGUCACGGUUUUAUCGAUACGCUGCGCAAUGAUUCACUUCAUUGUGAUUCUGUCGAUAAACAUAAUCAUUCUAAUUACUGUACUAUGGAUUCCGGCUAUUGUAGUUUGCAGUCUGGAUACGCUAAAUCAGAAGUAUCCGAGUCCGAAACCGGAUCUGCGAAUAAACCGUUCGAUCAGUGCGAAAAAUACCAAUCGGAUGCAAAAUUCGCCUCUUCUAAAACCGAUCGCAAUAACGAUAGGUACGAUCGAUCCACGAUAUCGAAACCCUGCAGUUUGGGUGAAAUGAGAGCCAAAUCAGCAACGUUGGAUUGUACUUGGUCGCUAAAUAAAGGAAGCGAUGAAUUCGCCAACGAUAAAGAAAAUCAGCUACCGGAUAUCAGCGCUUGUUGUUUUCCCAACAAGCAAUCUCCUCAAUGGAUUACGAAAACCAAAAGGAAUAGUAUGUUUGCUUCGCAAUCUCCAGAGCCCCGUUCUCCAAUGUCGCCGAGUCCAUUUGUAGCUCGUUUCUUCAACGAACACAACAUCAAGACGAAUUUUAACGAUAGUCAUUUGGAUAUUUGUAGCACAGAGCCUUCCUCGCUAACAUGGGAUGUUAAUACGGAAAAUCGUCUGGAUUCCAUUCCUGAUGUGUUAAGAGAUCUUCCUGAUACGCUUCCUCGAACAAAACGAAAAUCAAAGGUAUCUUUCAACUUACCCGAAGAACUUCUACGAACUGAGAACGCCAAUGUGUUGGUGAAGCUGCUGACGAAAUGUCAAAUUGAUAAAGAAUAUGUUCCAGUUCGUGAGAAGCGAAUACUAUUCGAAUCGUUGAGUCGAUUUUCGUUCAGCGUUGAUAAUUUGAAAAAACGCUUCAUGGCUGAUAAAUCCAACACUGAUUAUUCUUUCGUUAAAUACAGAUCGUUGUUGGAUUUGAAUAAUAAAAGUACGGUUCCUGUUAGUACCAUGAGAAGGUACUUUGAAAGUUUCAACGAAAAAGAUGAAAAGUAAUCGUCUAAACUUUCUCUGAGUCGAAGCAAUGUUCCUUUUGAGAGGAGGGAGGGGGAAGAAGAAUAUGGUACCUCUUCAAAACGAUGAAAUUUCUGAUCGAUAAAGUGCAGAAAGGUUGUUUAGCUCUGUAGUGGACAGUGGUUGGAAAAUGUUAGUUAUAGGUAGAGAUUUUUCUUCAUCUUACAAAUUUAAAUCGGGAUCUUAAAGUUUGUAAAUUUUAAUUUAUAUUCGUAUUAAUUUCCUUCUCUCUCUUCUCUCUUUAGACCUAAAACGAAUUUACUUUGAGACUUCGGAAAUAGGUAUACCUAUACCUACUAAAGAUAUCAACAAAAAAAGUUGUAACAUUUCAAUUUUGAAUUUUAAUACUGACUUGAGCGUCAACUAUUCAGCUUUUUUUAAAACAUUGAUAUUUAGUCAAAUAGGUAUCUUGGAAUUGAAACUCCUGUGUCAUGACAUUCUUAUUGAUAGGUAUCAAUAUAAGCCCAGUACACUGGUUAUAAUUUGAUAGUUCAAAUUUAGCAUCACUAUUUUUUGUCAAACUGUUUAGAAAAAAAAAUAAUGUACAAUAAUCAACGUACCUACCUAAACCUACCUAUUUAUAUUAAUCGAUAUAUUAUAGUUCCUAAUUUUGUAAAUAGAUAUUUUGUUAUUCAUUUUUUAAAUUUUAUUUAUUGAGUUACUUGUACUUUGUUUUAUAUCGUAUCUACCAUGCAUUAAAUUAUUCAAUUGCGUUUGUAAAACCAUCAGGUAUUUGAAUCAUUUCAUUUAAAGAAAUUUUGACAAAUUCUUACAUUUGAAACACGAAUGAUGACUUGUCUUGUGCACACGAAAGUAUCACGUGUUUUGCACUUUUUCAUCAAAAUAGAUUACACAACUUGUUUCUUUCAUUCCUUUUGUAACAUAGCCGACGAUUUUCACCAAUCACGCUUAUUUACAAAUAAAUGUACGUGUAUUGAAAAAA